CCGUUCAAAAGCGUGUGGAGUUGCGAACGCACUCCCGAAUCUUGGCAUAGGUUCAGCCUUGACGUUCGCUAGCUGCCGCAUAUGACGUGGGCCAGCAGCUCCUCAAGAACCUUGAAUAGUUUCCGCAAUCCUGCACCACCUACACGUCGACGCGGGUACACACGAACCCACAGACGCACUCGAAAUACCCACGUCUCUUUAUCGUCUUUCUCUCAUUACCCUCUCACCAGCCAUACCUACGCCUUCCGCUGCCUACUCCCCACCUCACCGCUACCCCAUCAUGUCGCGAAGAAACGGCGCGCCCGCUGGGCCAAAGGACGAGAUGCCCCCGUCAAAGGACCAGACGCAAGACAAGCAAGCGCGGCUCCUCAGCUCAGAAGCUGGGCACUUCUCGCUCUUCCGUGCGCUACACCUCGCAGAUUUCAUCACCGAGAUGAACGGCUUCUGCGGCGUCAUGUCCAUCUUCUCGUCGCUCCGCUACUGCGCCCAAGAUGACCCCACAAACUACACAAACGCCUAUAUCGCGCUCAGCCUGAUUCCCCUGGGCAUGUUCUUUGACCUGUUCGACGGCAAGGUCGCGCGCUGGAGGAAGAAGGCCUCCCUCAUGGGCCAGGAGCUCGAUUCGCUGGCUGACCUGAUAUCCUUCGGCGUCGCCCCCGCCUCCGCUGCCUUCGCCCUCGGCCUCCGCACGCCCCUCGACCACCUCCUCCUCGUCUUCUUCGUCCUCUGCGGCCUCACCCGCCUUGCCCGCUUCAACGUCACCGUGGCCAUGCUCCCCAAAGACGCCACCGGCAAGUCCAAAUACUUCGAGGGCACCCCGAUCCCCACCUCCAUCGGCCUCGCCUGCAUCAUGGCCUUCUGGGCGAGCAAAGGGUGGACCCACGCCCAGCUGCCGCUUGGCGUGAUGGGUGUCGGCCAAUGGUGGGAGGUGCAUCCUGUCGCGCUGGCGUUUGUGCUGCACGGGUGUCUAAUGGUUAGCAAGACGCUACAUGUGCCGAAGCCGUAGAGCGGAUGUGGUGGGACUGGUGUGGUAUCCAGGAGGGUUGCAAGAGGAGAGGCAUGAGAGUUCGAUGCUCUGGUGUUUCCGGACGUGAUCCGCACUGUUCUCAUAUUCAGAGAGCGGGAGAAGAUGCAUCUAUAUGUGGCACCACCUCAUCGUGGUCGAUGCUUAUGAGUACAAAAGAAAGAAUUGAUAUACCUUGAACUAAUUACGAUGGCUAAAGGAUACAUACCGUGCGAUUUCUCGUGGGCGAUUUCUCGUGGGCGAUAGACUUCUUCCCCAUAAUUCAAACGAUUCUACUCAGAAACGAUCGUUUUGCAACUGACCCAGAUGCAAUAAAGCCACAUGUUAUUAGACAUCACAAAGCAACAUGCGUAGUCUAGUCCG